AUGGCUUCCAAGUCUACAUUUUCAGUGGCAAUAUUGCUACUAUUUCUAGCUGUUGGAUCCAAUGCAGGUGGAAUUGCUAUAUACUGGGGCCAAAAUGGGAAUGAAGGCACAUUAGCGGAAACUUGUGGUUCAGGGAACUACCAAUUCGUAAACUUAGCUUUCCUCUCAUCAUUUGGUAAUGGCCAAACCCCUACCAUAAACCUUGCCGGUCACUGUGACCCCUCCACUGAUGAAUGCACCAAGUUGAGCCCCGAUAUCAAGUCCUGCCAGGCCAAAGGCAUUAAGGUCAUACUCUCCAUAGGAGGAGCUUCAGGGAGCUACUCAUUGGCGUCAUCCGACGAUGCUCGCCAAGUUGCUACUUACUUGUGGAACAACUUCUUGGGAGGGCAGUCCUCUUCAAGGCCGUUGGGAGAUGCAGUUUUGGAUGGAGUUGAUUUUGACAUUGAGGGAGGGUCUGAUCAAUAUUGGGAUGACCUCGCGAGGUACCUUUCCGGUUACAGCAACAAGGGCAAGAAAGUUUACUUGACUGCUGCUCCACAGUGUCCCUUUCCUGAUGCUUAUGUUGGAAAUGCACUCAACACAGGCCUCUUCGACUUUGUUUGGGUGCAAUUCUACAACAACCCUCCUUGCCAGUACACUUCUGGAGAUAUUUCAAACCUAGAAAAUGGUUGGAAGCAAUGGACUACUGCCAUUCCUGCACAUAAGAUUUUCUUAGGACUUCCUGCCGCACCCCAAGCUGCUGGUAGUGGAUUUAUUCCAGCGACUGAUCUUAACUCACAAGUCCUUCCGGCUAUCAAAAAUUCAGCAAAAUAUGGAGGUGUCAUGCUUUGGUCCAAGUAUUAUGAUGAUCUCGAUGGAUACAGCUCCUCCAUCAAGAAUGAUGUCUAG